AUGGGCAGGUCGACGCUGGCCAUGCGGUCGAUGCGACGCAGGAGCCAGCAGCACCGAUGAUGACGCCGAUGCUGGACUCGGAUACGUGCGCUUCCGCGCCUCUUCUUCAUCGUCUUCUUCUCGACACUCGACGUCCUGCGUUGUUUCUGUAGCCCGAGAUAAGGUCGAGCCACACGCGCUCGCGCACGCUCGGGCGCAGAGUGCCCGUCCAGCUCGCAUUCCGUCCUUAGGGUUUGUUCUUCGCGUGAGCGUGAACGCCAUCCUCGAUAGCUCGCUUGAUUGCACAUGGUGGCCUCAGCGCUGGCCGGGAUGAAAGGUCCUGCGGCGAGGACUUUGGUGCUUUUGCUUCCGCAAGUUGGGUCGUCCUCUGCUCCUCCAGCGGCUGCUUCUUCGGCCUCUUUUGCUUCCCCAGAAGGUUUGUUGGGCUAUGCACGCUUACUUCUAUCACAACCUCAAGGCGGCAAGUUAUCCGUUCUUGGAGGCACUGGAAAUCAAGUUCACACUAUCACGAGUUGGGAUCCCGGUCAACAGUCUCUUGAAUCAAUAGCUAAGGGUUUUCUACAAUGGAAGGUAACCGAGCAAGAGAUUCAAAAUGUUGAAUCUUCUAUACAAGAGGCAGUACAGAGGUUUUUCCAACCCUAUGAAAGAGAAGAUGAAAAUGCCAAGAUGCAAGCAAAGAAGAAAUUUCCGAGUUUUUCAUCAGAGAACAUCACAACAUCGCCCAAUACGAGUGUCGCGGAACUAAAGAGGACGCCACAAACCCCUCGAAUCAGGCUUCUCGUGAUGAUGUCUCAAAACCGGGGUGCAGGUGGCUCUGCCGACAUAUACCACAGGAUGGUCCUUGACGCCUUCUCGAAGGUUGAUGCGAGAGGAAGUGACGUGGAGUAUUGUGACGCAUUGUUUCUGGAUGUUAGCAGUACGGACAACGAUGCUAAUUCAUCCUGUGUCUGCAUCGCUGGCACAACUGGUGGUAUUCACAUCUCGACGUCCUUUUACAAACUAGCCGCUAUUUACACUACCGAUCUUUUGUUGGAUUUGGCCUACUUUCACCUUGAAUUAUCUGCAGUUGCGGUGAAAGGGCUCGCUGGGUCAAAGUUUCAUAUCAAGGAAGAAUGGCGAAGCGGGGCUUGCGUUGCGGAAAAGGGAGAUGUCAUUGACGAGAGUCUUCUGAAGCACGUAGUACCAUCCGAGAGAGAUCUGCGCCUUGUUAUCAGUCAAGCUCCGCCCGGAAUAAACACAGGUUCCUGCUUCACUCCAACUGGGGGUGAAUUGAGAAAGUCGAGAACCAUAUUUUUGCAUCGUGUAAAAAGCCCCAUGCCCAACUUGCAACUUUUGGGUCUGCCGUGUUCUUCUGUUAUUCCAGCUUUGCUUGAAUUUCCUCUGUCAAGCCCUGCAGCACAAAUAUGGGACAAAGUCAAGGUUGAAGAUAUUGAUGGAGAUGGUAACGUCGUGUUAGCUCUGUCUUCUGAUAAAGACUCGCGUUGGAUUACCCAUCUUUUAGUGUGGCAAGGAUCAGAAAGAUUCUCGUUGCAUGCCCUGCAAUUUAGGGCUGUUAGAGAUGCCCAUAAUCUGGAGGCUUUAAUUGGACAACGGUUCCUAGGUCUAGGUGCCGAUGAAUCAACGGACGAUAAAAGUGUCCUUCGAACUCAGAAUAAUACGGAAAUCGGAACGGCCAACUGUCAUGUGGAGGCACCUUUAACUGGCCAUAAACCUGUCUUCUCGAAGAAACGAGGGCUUGAGGAGGUUGAAGAGCCUCUAAACGGAACUCUUGUUCCUGCUCCUCCUGCUCGUGAAAGGAAAGCAAAUAAUUCCUGUAAGCAGGGGGACCGUUCCACUCGAUGCACGUCUUUGACGAGUUCAGAAUCAGUGAUUGGGGGACCCGAGCGACAUUCUGCUACUUUAGUAUCUCUAUUAGCUCCAAUAAGUAUGUUCUUGUGUUGUUCCUGUGUUCUGUAGGGGUGUAUUUUUAUCGGAAGAGCCUGCAAGUGGUAUGGUGGCCAAUGCGGUAAAGUGUGUUGCACACCUUCUCGAGCUCACGGAGAAGAACGAUUCAAGCCUUUUCCCUCUAGCAGCAGAAAUGCCUGGAGGUUGUAGGGAACUUUAUAAGAAAAUGUGGUGGGAGCUUAAGAGGCUUGCCAAAAGGACUCGCAAGGACAAAACACAGGGCCAGGAGGAUCUUGCUCAAGCUAUACGUGUUGCGAGAGCUGACUAUAAAUCUUCUGAGCAACAAUUACCCCAGCCUCCUCUUCCUGCCCUUACGGAGAAGCCAACUGAGCAUGUACAUAUAAAUAAGCGUCGCAGAUGUGAAGAAGUUCCUCGUGAUAUUCAUGGGCGUCCCAUCUUCCCGAUAAAACUUGGACCCAGUCUUCAGGUUUACGAUCUUGGUAAAGUGGUGUGGAACAGACCCGCCUUCCACAGUGAGAAGUACAUAUGGCCUGCAGGAUAUAAGAGUCGCCGAGCGUACGCAAGUAUGCUGAACUCUGAGAAUCGUAUAUUCUACUGGUGUGAGAUUGUGGAUGAUGGUCAAGCUCCUGAGUUUCGCCUCACUCCAGAGGACGAUGAAAAUAAUCCCGUCAUAGGUAUAUCAGCGACUGCUGUGUGGACUGUCGUCGUGAAACGCGUUGGUCUUCUUCGUCUGGAAGAGGGUGGAAAGAAAACCUUUGCAAAUGUCUCAGGGCCAGAAUAUUUUGGUUUCGCGAAUCCUACAAUUGCACGGUUGAUUCAGCAACUUCCGAACUCCGAGAAAUGCAGCAAGUACAAGCGACAGGAUUAUUUUCCCAAUGUUCCAAUGAGAGCUACCGAGCUGGACGCCUGGCAGGGACAAGGAGCCAUUUUGAACGAGUCUACAAAUAGUUCUCCGAGGAAAGAUAAUAAUAGCACAACAGCAGUAGUGGAGGAACAGCCGCAGCCUGCCCAAUUGCGUUCACCUCAAGAUCACGGCGAACCACCAGAGCCCGAGGUAGCAGAAACACCUGGACAGAGUGGGGCCAUUGUAACAGCAGAAGACGAGGAUGAAACACAGUUAAGUAGGCCGCCAAAUAUUAACAUGGAGAGUGAACUCCGGGGAAUGUCUUGGGACUCUGAGUUCAAAAAAGCAGCUCUUAGGAAAGGAAAACUGUGUCUCACAGAGUUUUCCAAACACUAUCUAGCCAGUAAUUCAGGGAGUUUAUUUAGUUACUAUUGGUCGUCCAAAUUGAAAAGGGCUGAGGUCAUAGAGCUGGAUGGGCGAAAGUAGGACAUUUAGUGUACAGUUGAGUUACCCAGAUGUGCAUUCUACACAGAAGCGUACCACUCUGAAAGAUGGUCCAAAAGUAAUAGAAUCUUUCUAGCGAUAGCGACCGCAGUGUAUCAUAUUCAACGGAACUGGUCACAUGCAGUUCUUGUCUUUAGCAGUAAAAUUUCUAUCAUUAUU